GAGUGAGCGAACAACCUAGUCUGUGCUGCUGUGAAAUUCCGAUUUCGACCAGUCCGUAAAACUAAAAAUUUAUUGUUCAUUGUAUUGAUGUAAAUUUGUAAAAAGUAACAAAAUGGUAUUAUAAAAUCUUUAAAUACGUCAUUCCUCUGCUGUAGGCGAUAUUGUGGUGAUAUAAUUUCGACAAUCAUAUGCACAGUUUAGUAUUUAGUGAUUUAAGUGAGAAAGUUCAGUGCGAGUGCAAGCAAGGGUGGUAACGAGAAAUGUGAAGUAGUAUCUAUGAAGUUCAAGAUUGGGCCGUUUAUUUUAUAUCUUUAAUAAUGAGCGGGCGCCCUAGGACCACGUCAUUCGCCGAGGGCAGCAAAUCCGUUCGAAAGACAUUUGAAAAUCAACCACCUAAACCACCUUUAGGAGGAGUAAAAAUUAGUAGCGAAGUGGAUACGCUUAAAAAGAACGAGCUGACAUCGGAUAAGAAAGGAUCUGGCUCACAUCGCAAGGACGGCUCAAAGGUGACGACUGUAGUGGCGACGCCGGGGCAAGGCCCCGACCGGCCCCAAGAAGUGAGCUAUGCGGACAUGAAGCUGAUUGGCAAUGGAAGCUUCGGCGUUGUCUAUCAGGCCAAGCUUUGCGACACCGGUGAGCUGAUUGCCAUCAAAAAGGUGCUCCAGGACAAAAGGUUUAAGAACCGAGAGCUUCAAAUAAUGCGAAGACUGGAGCAUUGUAAUAUCGUUAAAUUGAAAUACUUCUUUUACUCCAGCGGGGAAAAGGUUGCAGUACCUGAGGCAGUUAGCUCACUGCUAAACGCAAUGCAGUCCCUAGAUGUCACAAAGGAUGAAGUGUACCUGAACCUGGUGCUGGAGUACAUCCCCGAGACCGUGUACAAGGUCGCGCGUCACUACUCCAAAGAUGAACAGACCAUACCAAUUAGUUUUAUAAAGCUAUACAUGUACCAGUUGUUCAGAAGCCUUGCAUACAUCCACUCACUGGGCAUCUGUCACCGAGACAUCAAGCCCCAAAAUCUGCUGUUGGACCCCAAAACUGGAGUCCUCAAAUUGUGCGACUUUGGUUCAGCCAAGCACUUGGUGAGGGGUGAGCCGAACGUGUCCUACAUCUGCUCGAGAUAUUACCGCGCGCCCGAACUUAUCUUUGGAGCUACUGACUACACUACUAAAAUUGACGUGUGGAGCGCGGGCUGCGUGGUAGCCGAGUUGUUGCUAGGUCAACCAAUAUUCCCUGGAGAUUCGGGAGUUGACCAACUCGUGGAGAUCAUUAAGGUCUUGGGUACGCCAACGCGGGAGCAGAUUCGCGAAAUGAAUCCCAACUACACGGAAUUCAAAUUUCCACAGAUCAAGAGUCAUCCAUGGGCGAAGGUGUUCCGUGCGUGCACACCACCGGACGCAAUAUCGCUAGUUUCACGUCUGUUAGAAUAUACGCCCGGCGCGCGUCUCUCUCCACUCCAGGCGUGCGCUCACAGUUUCUUUGACGAAUUGCGUGAAGCGAGCGCAAGACUUCCCAACGGACGUCCUCUACCACCGUUAUUCAACUUUACGGAUUACGAGUUGUCUAUUCAGCCUUCGUUAAAUGACUUCUUGAAGCCACGCGCGGCUGCUACACCGCAUGAAGCUGCGGCUACUACGCAUGAACAUGACGCCCAUGGUGAAAAUGCAGCAGCGAGCGGCACUAGCGGCGGCUCCCCUAGCGCAUCGUAGAUACACAUUUGACGAGCGUCGCCUACGUAAAUACAACCAAUAGCCGUUAAUUAUAAAUCGCUUUGAGGCUAUCUGCCCUGGCCCAAAAUUUUUAUAUACUAGCCAUUUUUACACCCUUUGCUAAACAUUAAAUUAGCGUGUUUUCUUAAAAUUUUGAUAUAACCAAUAUAGCAUCGUCGUCAAUUAUCCAAAUUUAUUCUCUAAAUUGAUUAAAUUUUAUUUUUUAUACAAAUCCGUAAACUACAGAUAUUACUCCAUGAUAGUGACAGCAGAUUAUAAAUUUGAAUCAGUCAUUGGUUUAUAAGACAUCUAGGAGCAAUGUCAUCGUGUCAAAUGUCAAAUGUAUUCAUAUACGUUCGAGUAAAUUUCUAUUCUGUGAAUUAUUUUUGAUCAAAAAUACGACGAAAUACGGGCUACUGUGUGCGUCAAUCAAGUGUUACCUUGACCGAUAGUGUUGCAAAUUGACAAAUUUUAAAAUUGCAAUUAAUUUCGAUAAUACUAUAAAAUUACAAUUAAUUUAGUAAUUACAGCUUAUCACAAUUUUUUGACGAAGUAUAAAAAUGGGCAAAUCUGCGUCAGAGUAGCCUCAAUUUGAUUUGUAGUUGCUUUGCUAGAGGUGUCGUGUCGCUUAUUGUAUGUUGCGGACAGAGGUCGAAAAUUUGUACUAAAAGCGAGUAUAAUGCACAGACAACAUAAGUGGAUAUAUUUUUCAGCUGUUAAAUUUGAUGGGUACUAAAUGUUUAUGAAAUAUAAUUUGUUCGCUUAAACGUAAAUUACAAAGCCGUCUGUGUGUUUCCUCGCUCGGAAUUUAGAUCGAGAAUCGUUUGUACGCUAAUUAGUGAUAGUUAUUCUUUGUGUUGGCCAUCGGGAAAUUUUAAUGCAUAAUAGGUGUGACGUAGCGUAUUUCGAUGAAGCUUGGCAUAGUCGGUAAACGCCUAUUAUAUUAUGCAAUUUAUUGUUUCACACAGAUUACUGAGCUAUUCCUGUGUGGCAUUGUCUCUUUCUAACAUAACUAACAGGAAAGAGACGGAUGCUCAGUACGUGUAUAAGUAUGGGACCAUGAAUUGGUUAAUAUAAUGGGCAUAUUAGGAGGAUAAAUUUGUAGUGACCCGGUAUAUUACUUUGUACUUUUGUAAGCUCAAAACUACGUUGUGUACAUACCUCUAUACUCGAUUCCGAAAGUUGGUUAACGACAGAUUGUCAUCUGGAUUUAUUUUGUAUAUUCUAAAAUUGUGCGCUAGAUUAAGAGCUUUUAGCUACGUAUAGAAUUUCAAUACUGUAUCCAAGAACGCUUUCAACUUAGAGAUCACGGAACAAAAACAUAUUAGUGGUCUAAGGGUUCCAAUAGAAGACUUGAAAUUGUUUUAUUAUUAUUACUUUAUUAGUAUAUUAAAAUAUGUAAGACACGUAUUCCAAAAUAUAAAUCAAACUUAAAUUUAUAUAAAAGUUAUGAAACUACUUUUGUAGGCUAACUAGUAGCUAAUGAUGCUGAAAUGCUAAAAAACUCAUAGAAGUUGCCAGUUGCAACCAAAUUUUCGAUUGAUUUACAUUUUUGAUUACGGGCCUUUAAAGCUUUUGAUGUACAACUAAGCGGUGUUGACAAUUCUAUGCGUUUUUGUAAGUCCUUUUUGGCUUUUACGUAAACUACGAAGGUAGGUAAUCCCGCUUGAGCUGUAGCCCGUAGAGUAAUUGCAUACACUGUCGAACGUACAGACACGUAGUUACGUGCAUUUGACCGUCAACAGUAUCUCGCUCACGUACUGUCAACUGUCAAAAGUACAGACAAAUAGCUCACGUACUGUCAACUGUCAAAAGUACAGAGAAAGGUUCGCUUAUUGUUAUUUGUCAAAACGUCACAAACACGUAAUUACGUGCUUAUUAACUGAAGAACGUGAUUUGCUGACACGUACUUGCUUAUCGACUUGGCAGACAAUUAUUUCAUCGCAUACAAUGGCAUUGUAAAUUUUUAUGAUUAGCGUCUACUGAUCUCUCAAAUAAUUUUAAUAAUUAAUAAUGUCUCAGAAUAUUUUCUAUUGUAUAAACGAUUCAAAGAUUCAAUAGAUAUUUGUUUAACGUAGCGACUUCUAUUUCUUUCGCAGAUUAUCUUCUGGAUAAAUAAUGUAUAUUGCACUGUCUGUGUCCUAUUGUGACGUCAUAGUUUUUCGAUAUUGUAUUCUAUAAAAUAAUCGAUACAUAUUUCUGCUGUGUAAAGUUUAUCAUUGGAAACACUAUAUAAGUAGUCAUUUAUGAGGUAAUAUUAAAUUCAUCGUCAUAGUGUUAAGUAAGGGCGAUUUCGUUUUGCGCUUCGGAGCUGGCGUGUUACAAAUUAGGGGAGGUUUAAGCCUUUUAAUAUAAAGUAACGAACUCUUUUAUUCAUGGUUUAGAUGUAGCUUUAAUUCAAAUAACCUUGGGUGUGAUUUUUCACCGUUAUUUUUCAUUAGUGAAUAGUAUUUGUACAAAUUCGGCGGAAAGUAGCGAAUUUGUAAGCGGGUCUAGUACGAACCUGGGAAGUCAUGUAUUGUUGACGAUUUAUUUUGUAUCUAUAUCUACAGACCUGCGUACUAUAAUGAACAUCAGUUGAUUCCCGUCAAACCCAUACGGCCUCCGCCAAGUAUAUAAUACACCUGUAUUACUAUUAUGUAUGUACGUACGUAUAAAUUUCUAGUAUAUUAGGAAUGUAACGCGCUCGGCGCAGAUUUCAAAUCACACAUAGUGGAGCUUAGUUUUCGUCCCUAAGGCUAUUGAUUUGCUGACACACCUUUAUAAUUCGUGUAAAUAUAUUAUUAUAAUUAUUAUCUUUAUGGUAUGACUCUUGAGUAAAGUUAAUCGGUAGAAGGAUUCGCCCGUUCUUACAAUUAGCAGCCUCGAGCGUAUUCACGCAAGAGACGUGUUCGGUAAGGGCAGCGAUAGGUUAGAUACACACUGUAUUUUAUUAAGUCUACCUAUUAUGAAUUUUGUAAUCGACGUUGCUUCUAAAGACCCUCUGUGUAAAAAGUUAAGACACACUAGUGACCUGAUUUUUGAAGCGAUGUUUCUGGAAAAUUUGAACCCGUUUAAAAUGUCACUUUCACGAUUUACGUGCACUUUUACUACUCGAGAAUUUUCAGAAAUACAUACUUCGAAAUGGGGUUGACUUAUAUAAAUUAUUUAAAGUAAAAGAGUUUUUCUUAUUACUAGUACUGUAAUAUUAAAUUUAAUAGUGAGUGAAAUUUGUAUUUUGUUUUAAUUUGAUUUACUGAAUUUGAAUACAUCGUAACACCCAUAUCGUUGUUAGUUAUGAAUGAAAUAACAUAAUUAUAAAAGUAAAUAUUAAAUGAAUAGUAA